AUGGAUGAAAUGAGAGGGAUGGUUAAAGAAGUAACAAACGGAAUGAGAGAGAUAGCAAAUGAAAUGAAAGAAAUGAGAACUGAGCGUAAAGAAUUAAUAAAAAUUAUCAAAGAUUUAACAAGUGAAUGGAAGCAGAGUUUGGAAGAAGUAAAAGAGAUUAGAAGAGAAAAUGAAGUAAUGAAAACUAAAAUCAGGGUGCUAGAAUAUAAACUUGAAGCUAUGGAAAAGAAAGAACGUCGAAAUAACAUUAUUAUCACCGGAUUUGAAACUGCAGGAGAUACUAUAGAGCUAAAAGAAGAUAUAGAGAAUCAGUUGCAAACUUUUCUUGGAACAAAGUGUGAGAUAAAAGAGAUAACGAAACUGAAUAAGAGAAUGUGCAAGUUAGAAUUGAGUACAUAUGGUGAUAAAGCAGACAUAAUGAAAAAUAAGAACAAGUUAAGACAUAUUAAAGGAAGAAAACUUUUUAUUGAUGAUGACUAUACGAUCCAAGAAAGAAAGAUUCAAAAACAACUAAGAGAAUAUGCAAAUGAACAGAGGCAAAAAGGUAAUGUUGUAAAAGUUAAAUACCAGAAGAUCAUUAUAAAUGAUGAAAUAUGGAAAUGGAAUAUGGAAACUGGCACAAUUGAAAAAGAGAGCAACAGAGCUAAUCCAAAAAACUAA